UUUCUAGGCUUUUCGCUGUGUUUACUUACCAAGCCUAGAUCCGCCGAUCCUAGUUUGAGGACGCUAUUGUGAGCUUAGCCCAACUAUGGUGGCAAGUUUCGAUCGCCGAGGCCAUGGCCUUCAAGGACACACGGAGGAGUUAGUGAAAAUAAUUUCUAAGUUCCGGAGCAAGAAAUUGUACCUGAGAAAACGGCCCAGGCGCGACCUUAGGGUCGAAGCUAUUAUUUCCAAUGUUCUGACGCGUGCUCAGGAGGAAUUAAAAGCAAAGCAGCAACAGCGACUUCGCAAGUGGCUAGAAAUGAAAUCCGAAUUAGGUUUUCACGAUAAUUCUAAAUGUAAUGUCGACGUUUGGAGAGAGAAGGAAUUGGGGCUGGAGUCUCUGGACUCAUUUAUGUUGCAACUUGGUGGAGUGAAGACUCCGCUUCAGAGAUAGUCGGCCAUCUUGUUUGAUCGGCCAUAUUGUUAUUUUACUGCUGCGACGUCAGCCUUUCUGUGCUGUGAUUCCUUAUGUUUAUUUGAAUUCCGAGCUUACAUAAUUGCUCUUUUCUGGUCAGUUUGUUUUAUUUUUUGUUUAAGACUGAAAUUUCUAUUAGCUCGUACUUAUUAUAUAAUUAUAGUCUUUAUAGUUGAGAUCUCAAGUGAAUGUCUUUAAGUGCUAUCGUUUUAUUUCUUGGCUCAAUUCUAGGAGUGAUGAAUGUGAGGUUGUAAUUUGGAUAUGUUGUUAUUCGUGAUUGUUUUUCCA